AUACAGACUACUCAACCAGCGAAAGAUUCCUCCCCGAGAUCCUCUUUACGUUAAAUCCACUUAGAUCUCUCUCCCUCACAACCUCCAUGUGAAUCAAACAAACAAACAAACAAACAAACAAACCAUGGUGGAGACUCUCCUUCCCUCUCGCUUCCAAUCCCACCUCCAAAAACUCGACCCUAAGCGCCGCCUCCUCACUUCCACCAUCGCCUCCCACAAGACGCUCCUCUUCGCGUUCCUCUGGAUCGCCGCCUUCGCCUCCGUCUUCCUCUGGCAGCGACCUUCCUACAUCGGCGGCUACGUCGUCGGCCCCGUCGCCGGAGGGAGGUUCACGGUCUUCGGUAAGGUUAAACCGUUGCAGCCGGUGCCGAGGUUGAGGCCUGCGGUGUUCGAUUUGAAGGAGUUCGGAGGUGUCGGCGACGGGGUUGCGGUUAAUACGGAGGCGUUUGAGAGAGCGGUGGUGGAGAUCUCGAAGCUUGGCGGCGGUGGUGGAGGACAGUUGAAUGUGCCGCCUGGACGGUGGCUUACGGCGCCGUUUAAUCUCACUAGUCAUAUGACUCUGUUUCUCGCUGAGGAUUGUGAGAUUCUUGGAGUUGAGGACGAGAAGUUUUGGCCUUUAAUGCCGCCAUUACCUUCGUAUGGUUACGGUAGAGAGCGACCGGGACCUCGUUAUGGAAGCUUAAUCCACGGUCAAAACCUCAAAGACGUUGUUAUAACCGGUCAUAACGGGACGAUAAAUGGACAAGGGCAAUCGUGGUGGAAGAAGCAUCAAAGAAGACUUCUCAACAAUACAAGGGGACCUUUAGUUCAAAUUAUGUGGUCGAGUGACAUAGUUAUCGCUAACGUUACACUGCGUGACUCGCCGUUUUGGACUCUUCAUCCGUAUGACUGCAAAAACGUUACGAUAAGGAAUGUCACCAUCUUGGCUCCUGUCACCGGAGCACCAAACACCGAUGGGAUUGAUCCAGAUUCCUGUGAGGAUAUGGUGAUUGAGGAUUGUUACAUAAGCACCGGGGAUGAUGCCAUCGCCAUUAAGAGUGGUUGGGAUCAGUUUGGGAUUGCCUAUGGACGACCUUCUACAAACAUUCUUAUCCGUAAUCUCAUCGUCCGCUCUGUUAUCAGUGCUGGUGUAUCAAUCGGAAGUGAAAUGUCCGGUGGAAUAUCGAACGUGACGAUCGAGAAUCUCCUCAUCUGGAACUCACGCCGCGGAGUCAGAAUCAAGACGGCUCAGGGACGAGGCGGCUACAUCAAAAACAUAACAUACAAGAACGUAACACUAGACAAUGUACGAGUUGGAAUCGUGAUCAAAACGGAUUACAACGAGCAUGCGGACGAUAACUACGACCGGAAAGCGUAUCCUACACUUUCGGGGUUCAGUUUUUCAGGAAUCCACGGACAAGGAGUGCGAGUGCCGGUCCGAAUUCAUGGGAGCGAACAGAUUCCGGUUAGGAAUGUGACGUUUCGGGACAUGUCGGUUGGGUUAACGUACAAGAAGAAACAUAUAUUUCAGUGUUCGUUCGUGAAAGGACGAGUCAUUGGCUCGAUAUUCCCUCGGCCAUGUGAGAACUUUGAUGUUUACGACGAGGAAGGUCGUCUUGUUAAGCCUGCGACUGAGUCUACUGUGCCGGAUAUUGAUUACGACAUUUGAAUGUUUUUUAAAUUCACGGUCAUUUGUGUACAUAAACGUAAUUUUUGGGACCAAUGUGAAAGUUAUUUGUUACUCUUCAUCGCUUUUCUCUGUUAUAGAUGAUGCUUUGUAAUUUUAAUA